GGGUAAAAUGAGGGUGCGAUAAUUGUGCGAGAAUGCAACGUGUAAUUUCACCUGGUGAACUGCUGCAUCAACUCAUGGCAUCUAUGGGGACCUACAAAUUAGUUAUUCCUGACAAGUCAAGAAGCCCACGUGUAAAAGGCCAGCACCACUUUCCAGCGUGAUUUCUCCCUUCAACCACGCGCAAGUGUCCUUUGCUCAUCCAAAAACUCAAGAUCACAUUCUUCCUUAGAUCACUACCAUGGCAGACAACGCAGUAACAUCUACCGACACUGGCUCCAGCCCCAGAGAACACAAUUCUGCCGGCGGGCCCAAGGCUAUCAUCAAGAAUGUGGAUAUGACUGAAGAGAUGCAGCAAGAGAGCGUCGAGAUCGCGUCUGCUGCUCUUGAGAAAUAUAACAUCGAGAAAGACAUCGCUGCACAGAUCAAGAAAGAGUUCGACAGACGACACGGCCCCACAUGGCAUGUUGUUGUCGGAAAGAACUUUGGCAGCUAUGUCACUCAUGAAACCAAGCACUUUAUCUAUUUCUACGUCGGAUCGCUUGCUAUCCUCAUCUGGAAGUCAUGAAACACCUGUAGACUGUAGACUCAUGUUGGAUAGAUCAGGACACAGACAUGACUCGCCACUUUCACCACGUGUAUUGUACAUUCCUCUGAAUCUGCAUUUUACCUCGCACAUCAAUCGCCCUGUAAUGACCCUGUUUUUCGUGUACAGACAUUUCAUUAUUUUCGUGGAAGACCACCCCUUACAACGAGCUGAUAAGUCCAUAGUCCUCAGCCACUGGGAA